AAUGGAAGUUUAUUAUGAAGGUACCUUGUCACCAGUGGAUUACAACAGUACAUCCUUUGAACUGAACAGAUCACACCUGUUCAAUGACACUGAUCCGUUCAAACAAGUCAACGACCAAUAUGAACAUCAACAGUAUGUCAUUGGUCUUUUUCUCUCAUGUCUCUACACUAUCUUCCUCUUCCCUAUUGGUUUUGUGGGAAACAUACUAAUAUUAGUGGUGAACAUCAGCUUUCGUGAAAAGAUGACAAUCCCUGACCUAUACUUCAUCAACCUUGCAGCAGCAGAUCUCAUCCUGGUGGCCGACUCCUUGAUAGAAGUAUUUAACCUAGAUGAGAAGUAUUAUGACAUCACAAUCCUCUGUACCUUCAUGUCUCUGUUCCUGCAAAUUAAUAUGUAUAGCAGCAUUUUCUUCCUAACAUGGAUGAGUUUUGACCGAUACAUUGCCCUAGCGAAGGUCAUGCGAUCCAGUCUUUUUCGAACAAAGCACCAUGCCCGGCUGAGCUGUGGCCUCAUCUGGAUGGCGUCUAUCUCUGCUACCCUGGUACCUUUUACAGCUGUCCAUUUGCAGCACACAGAAGAGGUCUGCUUCUGUUUUGCUGAUGUGAAAGAAAUCCAGUGGCUUGAGAUUACUUUGGGGUUCAUUAUUCCCUUUGCCAUCAUUGGUCUCUGUUACUCGCUCAUCGUCCGAGUUCUCAUCAAGGCUCACAAGCACCAGAGCCUGCGACUGCGGCGGCAAAAGGCUCUCCGAAUGAUUUUUGCUGUGGUCCUGGUUUUCUUUAUUUGCUGGCUACCUGAAAAUGUCUUCAUUAGCGUGCACCUCUUGCAAAGAAAGGAGCCAGCUAUUUCUUCAUGCAAACAGUCUUUUCGCCAUGCCUACCCUUUAACUGGCCAUAUAGUUAACUUGGCAGCUUUUUCAAACAGCUGCUUAAACCCACUUAUCUAUAGCUUCCUUGGGGAAACUUUUAGAGAAAAGCUAAGGCUAUACAUUGAACAGAAAAGCAACUUGUCCGCCUUAAAUCGUUUCUGUCACGCUGCCCUCAAGUCAGUCAUUCCUGAGAGCAGUGAGCAGACAGAAGUAAAAUUUAGCAGUGCUGUGUAAAGAGACAACGGGGAACAUUUUUUCAUCAAUGUAGAACGAAACUGUGUGCCACUAACAAAUGCACGUACAGCUAGGAAGGGGAAAAAACACAAAUAUUUCUUUUCUUCUCCUAGGCUUCUAAUGUUGUCUAGAUCAGUAGUUCCCACUUAGUGGCUUGUGAACCUUUGGGAUUUCUCAACAAUGUUCCAAGGAGUUCAAAAUUCUUCAAUGGCACCUUAAGCAUUAAAUAAUUGUAGAAUAUUAUGAGUAGUAUAUUGAAUUACCCCGGGGAGUUCACAACAAAUUGUUGUUGUUGAAAGGAGUUCCUGGGGCAAAAAAAAAAAAGUUAGGAACCACUGAUCUAGAUGCUACUAUAAACUGGCUUUAAUAUGUAAGUUCUGGUCAAGCUUACUUGAUUAUAAUUGGGGUUACUAAAGAAUAUACCCUAAAAAGCUCUCUCUAAUUGUAUACAGUUCAUAGUCAGACCUAAUGAUAGUUUAAGAUAGAGAUUAUCACAGUAUGUUUUCCUAUGGCAAAGAAGAGUCAACAGAUGACAAAAUCAUAAUGUUCUGCUACUCUUCACAGGGAUUUUCAUUCCUCCCCCUGAGAGAAAACUGCCAAAACAGCGAGUGGGAAAACUCAGAUUUAUUAAGAAGUUUCUGUGGAGACGUAGCACUUUAAAUGGAAACUUAGCUACUGAGAAUAAAUCUGCCACUUUAUGUAAUGAACACGAAGACUUCUGGCUGAAAUCUGUUUGAAAUAUUCUAAAUUUGAUAUCAUGGUGGGAAAUCAAGCCCCAUGAUCUAUAGGCUACUACCACACACUUUGACACUUGAAUAGUGCUAAAAUGAGACACGUCGCUCGUAGACACACUAAGCAUUGUAAUCUCUCUUAGAGUGGCCAUCAGUCUCUAAAAUACAUGAUCCCGU